AAGAAGCUGGCGCGCAGCCGCUGCUGCAGGGCACUGCGAGGGAGGCGACACCGUCGACACAAACGGGCCAGCCACCGCCGCCCAGUGAGGCAAAGCAGGAGGAAGACACGGAAAAGCUCGACUGCAUCGCCAACGUCAAUGCACACAAGGAACGGCGUGGGUUGGCAAAGUCCGUGACGGCGUCGCUCGCAACUAUAAUUCCACCGGGCGGGAUGCUCUCCACCGUGUUCAACCUUGCCUCCAUAUGCAUUGGCGCGGGCAUCCUCGGACUCCCCGCCGCCUCCAACAGCAGCGGCGUCGUCAUGACGCUCGCGUACUCUGCUAUCGUUGGGGCCCUCACCGUCUACUCCCUCUACUGCCUUGCAUUGCAGAUGGAGCGCUUUGGGGUGAAGACGUACGAGGGGAUGUCACGCACGCUGCUGGGGCCUGUAUUAGGCUACGUUACUGCCGCAGUGCGCACCUUAAACACCUUCGGUGGCUGUGUCGCGUUCAUCAUCUGCGUGGCGGACAUCUUCAGAGCCAUUUUCAGUAACGCGGACGUCCCGAAGUACUGGAAGUCGACCUCAGGCAGCCGCCUGCUGACAAGCCUGGUCUGGCUGGCCGUGAUGCUGCCCUUCGUCAUCCCGAGGCACAUCAACUCGCUGCGCUACGUCUCGACGGUGGGCAUUAUCUUCGUCAUCUACUUCGUGGUGAUGAUUAUCUUCCACUCGGCCAUGAAUGGACUGGCAGAGAACGCGAAACACAUAACAGUCGCCGGAGGCACCACCGAUGACAGUGUCCACCUGUUGGCACCGGCAACAAGGCACUGGAGGGGCUGGGCGUCUUCAUGUUCGCUUUCACCUGCCAGGUCAAUGCGUUCGAGGUGUAUUGGGACACACAAGAGCGCAGCGUGGGUCGAUUCACUCUGUACUCCGCCAUCGCAAUUUUUUUGUGCUUUAUGCUAUACGUCUUGGCAGGCAUAUUCGGCUACUUGGACUUCGGCAGCCGUGCAACCGUCUCCGCUCUGCUGCUGUACGACCCAGUGA